GAGUUUAACAAUUUUGAGGUUUAAUUCAAAAACUUGAAAAAAGUUAAUGAUAUACAACCAAGGAUAUAUUGAAUCAUAACAUAAGAUGAUGAACACAUUCAGAUCUGCAUGGUCUUUACAAACCAGAUCAUUCCACCUGACUGGUCCAUCUUUACAUAAAAAGUCCAAGACUUACAAUAGACUUCUUAACUAUGUUAAGAAAGUUGAUGACACAACCACAUACAAAGCUGGAGAUGAAAUAGUGAAAGGUGUUAAGAUUCCAGCCGAAGUACCAACACUCCCAGUCUACCAAUACGAAGCCCGUUACUUCAAGCGUCAAAAUCGUGGGUUAUAUGGUGGAUUACAACGUCGUUCUGGCCAUACAUGUUCAGAAGCUGAAAAUAAAAACAAAAGAACAUACCUUCCAAACAUUGUAAGCAAGAAGUUAUGGUCUGAAACAUUAAACAGAGCAUUCAAGCUUAGAGUAUCCACCAAGGUCUUGAAGACCAUCACCAAGGAAGGUGGAUUAGAUAUGUACUUGACCAAGGAUAAACCAGCAAGAGUUAAGACCUUGGGAUUGAAAGGUUGGGAAUUAAAGUAUAAGGUUUUGAACAGAAAAGAGUUCAACAAAUUACCAAAGUAUGAAGGAGGUGUUCAAGUAUACCACGUACACCCAGAUGGGAAGGAAUUCAUUGUAGGUAGAAGAAAGUUGGUGGACCAAUUAUGGCCAUUGGUUCAAAGAGAUAGUUAUACUCCAUUGAAUUAUGAAAAGUUUGUUGAAACCUCGAUGGUUUUAACCUUUGAAGAAUUGGUUAAUAAAUUAGAAAGUUACGGUUAUGACUUUACUAAUGUUACUGUUCAAAAGGGUUCUAAUACUGAGUCAUUUGAACAAGUUGCUUAAUCAAAGAACAUUAGAGAAAGAGAUAAUCUUUAAUGAAUUGUUAUACGUCAUAACCAGUUCUACAAUGAUUUCUACAUUCUUUAACAUCUACCUAGUCAUUAUCACCCACCCAUAUUAAUUGGAUUUCAAUAAUACUAAUUGAUCCUUCAAUCUAUAUAUAUAU